AUGAGCGGAGUCUUCCGGAGGAACGUCCGGAAGCGGAGCGUGGUGUGGGGCUUCUUCCGGACCGUGGACCCGGUGCUGGUCCAGUGUCUGCUCUGCCGGGACGUCCUGGUCAGACGGACCAGGCUGGGCCGGGGACCCACCACCAACAUGCUCAGACACCUGCGGGUCAAACACCCCGCAGAGGUCUUCAACAAACCACCAACAACUACCAGUAACACCAGCACCAGAGACACCAGCACCAGUGGACCCGGAGAGGUGGAGGCUGACGGGGACUACUGCUCCGUGGAGGUGGUUCUGGAGGGCGGAGACUCUGACGCGGUUACCACGGUUACCACGGUGAACGACGCCCAUAUUAGUUCUGCUCUUGGCGGCGUCCUGGACGCUGCAGCGGGAGCUCCAGCAGAACAGGUGAAACAUGAAGCGGCAGGUGAAUACCGGCCCGUUAAAGCCAGGUUUAAGAAGCGCAGCUUGAUCUGGAGCCACUUUGAGCACCUGGACAGUCUGGAUGCUGCUCGCUGUCGCAUCUGCAGGAUGAAACUCAGACGCUAUGAAAGCGGCAGCACCAGCAACCUGCACCGCCACAUGAAGCAGAGUCACCCCAACGUGUUCCCGCGGCGAGGAGGACCGAAGCAGCAGCCGCCAUCACAGGACGCCAACACUACCGUGAACAUGGUUCUGGGGGGCGGAGCCUCUGAGGCGGUUGCCAUGGUGAACGAGGCUGAUAUUAAUUCUGCUAUUAACGGCCUCCUGGAAGCUGCUGUGGGAGGCGCAGCAGAAGAAGAAGAUCCUCCCGUAAAGACUCGCUGUAAGAAACGCAGCCUGAUCUGGAGAUACUUCGAGCACCUGGAAAACACGUCUGUUGCUCGUUGCCGCAUCUGCAUGAAGCAACUUCAGUGCUUUGAAGGUGGCAGCACCAGCAACCUGCACCGCCACAUGUCCUCCAAACACCCCGAGGUGCUCUCACAGCAGGCAGCAGACAGGAAGCCCCCCCCACCCCCCCUCACGGCUAAAGAAGUGUCUCUGGAGGACGGAGAGUCUGAGCCCGUCUCCACGGUGAAGGAGGCUGAUGUUAACUCCUCUAAUCACGCUGCAGCAGAACAAAGACCGGAGGAGGAGGAGGAGGAGCAGGAGGAGGAGCAGGAGGAGAGAACGCGUCCCGGUGUGAAGCGCAGCUCCGUGUGGAGACACUUUGUCCACCUGAAGAGUUUGUCUGCUACUCGCUGUAACAUCUGCAUGAAGAAGUUACACUACGACGGCUCCACCACCAGCAACAUGCACCGCCACAUGUCCAAGAGACACCCGGAGGUCUUCUGUUGCCUGGUAACAGGCGGGCAUAUCCCCCCCCCUCCCCUGCCCCCCCGCCCGUCCUCACGGGGCCCCGACGUUAACGGGGACACGAGGACACCAGCAGAGACUGACGGGGACACGGAGACACAGAGUCCUGGUGCACUGAGAGUUUCCAGAGCGUGUGAAGCAGAGAAGCGAGUGCUGAGGAGAGAGCGGGAGCUGGUGGAGGCUCUGAGGAGAGCUCAGAGGGAGGAGGCUCGUGCUCUGCAGCAGCAGAGGGAGCUGCUGGAGAAGCUGCGAGCCGUCAACGCCAGAGAGGCGGCAGCAGAGAGGGAGAACAUCGAGGCUCUGAGGAGAGCUCAGCUGGAGGCAGCUGAAGACCUGAACAGACAGAGAGAGGAGGUGCAGAGGGAGAAGGCCGAGCUGCAGGAGAAAUGGGAGGAGCUUCGUCAGGAGAGAGAGGAGCUGCUCCUGUUCUCCAGAGAUCAGCAGGACUCCUGAUCCUGUUCCUCGUCUGUUGCUCUGCUCAUGUAAAUAUAUAUAUAUAUAUAUAAUGUUCCUUUUAGUAAAAUAUAUUUUGAAGUUUCUGUCUCUUCUUCUCAUUGUGUGAUAUCCUGAUGUGAUGUCCUGAGCAUGAUAGUGUUUAAAAAAAAGAUUCAAAAUCACAUUUUAUGUUGGACUAAAGGACUAAAAAAGAUAGAUAGAUAGAUAGAUAGAUAGAUUACUUUAUUCAUCCCCGAAGGGACAUUCGGUUGUCACAGCAGUCCGGUAUUCAAGUACAAUAAAAUACAAUAGAAUAAAAUACUGAGGUAGCAUAAAUAAAAACAACAAUAGAAAAAAAACACAGAAUAGAACAAGGACACUUAAGAAGUUAAAAAGAAGAACAUGAGU